CCUAGCGCUUCCCCCGCGGGGAAUGUGGCCUUUCAGCGCUGCUAAGCUUGGCAGUCGCUUUACCGCUCCUUCUGUUACUUUAAGACGGUGCCUGAGGUUGGGGGUGACCAUGGCCAAGAGCAAGUUCGAGUACGUGCGGGAUUUUGAGGCUGACGAUACCUGCUUGCCGCACUGCUGGGUUGUGGUGCGCCUGGACGGCCGAAAUUUCCACCGGUUUGCUGAGAAGCACAACUUUGCAAAACCUAAUGACAGCCGAGCUCUCCAGCUGAUGACCAAAUGUGCCCAGACAGUAAUGGAGGAGCUGGAGGACAUUGUGAUCGCGUAUGGACAGAGUGAUGAGUACAGCUUCGUGUUCAGGCGGAAAAGCAAUUGGUUUAAAAGAAGAGCCAGUAAGUUCAUGACUCUCGUGGCCUCCCAGUUCGCCUCCAGCUAUGUGUUCUACUGGCGGGAUUACUUUGAGGACCAGCCACUUCUGUAUCCGCCAGGAUUUGAUGGCAGAGUCGUGUUGUAUCCUAGCAACCAGACCUUGAAGGACUACCUCAGUUGGCGACAGGCAGACUGUCACAUCAAUAAUCUUUAUAAUACAGUGUUUUGGGCCCUUAUCCAGCAGUCUGGACUAACACCAGUCCAAGCCCAGGAGAGAUUAAAGGGAACUCUGGCCGGAGACAAGAACGAGAUUCUGUUCUCUCAGUUCCACAUCAACUACAAUGACGAGCCACAGAUGUACAGGAAAGGGACCGUGUUGGUGUGGCAGAAGGUGGAUGAAGUCAGGACCCAGGAAGUUAGGCUGCCUGCAGAAAUGGAAGGGGAAAGGAUGACUGUGACCCGGACCAGGACCAGGCCCGUGCCCUUGUACUGCGAUCUCAUUGGGGACGCUUUCUGGAAAGAACACCCAGAUAUUCUGACGCAAGAGAACUGACCCUGCAUUCUGCAGUUCUGCUGUGCUUAGCCAUGCAGGUCUCCCAGAGGCUCCUCUCCUUAGGUGGCUCAAGCAUCCCUAGCCCCAAGAGUGCCGUAAGGAGCCACAUGACUGGAACCCGGUGGAGACAGAGAAAGAAGCAGUGGACGGAGGCGGCGUAUCUCACUGUGCUUAAACAGAAUACCUUUUUUUUUUUUUUUUUUUUUUUACGGUGUUAGAACAUGACUUUGGCUCUUUCCAAAAUCAUGAUCCUAUUUUUAUAAAAGAACUAUUCAUGCUUUGCUGGAUGAGUCAUUUUUAGCUGUGGCAUAAACCUUACAAAAACCCGUCACCUCUUUUCACCUCUGAUAGAAGGGGAGCCCAGACUUUACCCUCACCCACCUUUCUUAACUCGAGAACUCGGUGACUGAACAUUCCCACUCUGACACCCAUGUACUUGCAGUCAUCUUUCGGCGUGAAGUUAAAUAUGGGUUCCUGCCUGCACGAUGCCUCCAGAUUGAGGAAUCCCAGAGAACACUCGCGGAUUGGUGCCAGUUCCCCAGGGUGGCAGCUUUGACUGAACAAACGAGGAGUGGUUUGGGUAUCCCGCACCAUUCCAGGAUUGAUUUUUCUGGAAUCGUUAGCAUGAUCGUCGUUGUCUCUUACCAGGGACGUAGUUUCCAGUCACUGAACUCUUUUGAAGGGAAGGUGUUUGGGGAGGUGUGUGUGUGUGCAUGAGGACGGAGAGCAGCUACGCUGUGGAUGCUGGAUGGACUUCCCUCGGAAAAGCUGGCUUUGGGUUAGACUUCUGGGCAAGCAUUUCCAAACAACCUCAGUGUAGUCACGGCCAUAAGCUUGGGAUUCGAGAGCACCGGGAGCCUGACACGGUGGUUUAGCCUCAUCCUAGCACUCAGGAGGUUGAGGCAGGAAAUUUGAAGCCAAACUGGACUACAUGGUGGGGCUAUAAGAAUGGGUGGAGUUGGAGGCUCUGUUGAUUCCAGAGGUUUGAAAAUAGCCCCUCCUGCUGACGGCAGGAUGGAGUUGGCAAGGGGGCAGAGAGUCGUAAUAAAAAUCAUUUAUUGCCAAGGUGUUGGACUCAAUGGGAAAGUCACGUUUCCCCUGACCUUGUUUUAUAUUUUAGAGGAAAAGGAUUAUUUGCCUCCAUCAGGAAUUAAUUAAAAGACAGCCUAUGUCCUGCAUUCUGGUCUUGAUUGCAGAAUUUCCAGCCAAGAAGAAAAUGUAUUUUUGAAAGAACAGCGUCUGGCCUCAUCCCUCACUAAUUGACACCCCAUCUGCUGAUGCCAUUUUUUUCCUUCCUGUUCUCCCCACUCCCCAGGAAGAAGCAAUAGAGCUCAUGUUUGGCAACUGCUAAAAUUUUUUUAAGGGAGGGGGGAGUAUAAUAAAGAUUUCAAUUCCUUGGCCCACUUAA